GUUAACAAAACAGCAAGAAGCUGUAAAGUGCUAUCUCAUCCAUUAUCUGUUUUGAUAGACACUCCGACAACCGAUUGUCAUUAUAAUCGCUUUUACAACAGACGCCUGGUCUUAAUCGAUUUCAAAUACAAUUGCCCUCUUUGUACACGGGAAAGUGGGACGGUGAGACCGCGAGUUCAGGUCGCGCGCGCUACUACCGGACGGGUUUAGUAGUGAUCGGGCAGUUGCGUGAGACGGUCCAGACACUGGAGGAGUAAAAUGUCGUGUCUUGCUAAAGUAAUGGCAUACAAAAAGACGCUAACGAUGGGUGUGUUGAUACUGUUAGCUGUGCUCGCGGUAGCUAUUGCCGUUCCAAUAGCGACGAACAGCGACACCGAUAACAGUUUAGCGCCACAGGUUAAUCAAUUUUUCGGCCGGACAGUGCUGGACGAGGUGCCAUUGAUUGAUGGCCACAACGAUUUGCCCUGGAAUCUGUACAACUACGAGCGGAAUCAGAUCAACAAGUUCGAGCUGAACGCCGACCUGAAGGCACAUCCCGUCUGGGGUCCGGCCACCAACAGCCACACGGACAUUCCACGGCUGCAGGCGGGCAAAGUCGGCGCCCAGUUCUGGGUGGCGUACGUUGGCUGCAACAACCAGUACAAGGAUGCGGUCGAACGCACACUGGAACAGAUCGACGUGAUCAAGCGGAUGGUGCGCAAGUACCCGCAGUACAUGCGGUACGUCACUUCGACCGAGGGCAUUAUGGAAGCGUUCCGGGAGGGAAAGAUCGGUUCGCUGAUUGCGGUUGAAGGUGGCCAUUCGAUGGAUUCUCGCCUGGCGGUGUUGCGCAUGUUCUACGAGCUCGGCGUACGGUACAUGACGCUAACGCACUCGUGCAAUACGCCGUGGGCGGAUGCGUCACCGAUCGACGAUCAGCCGGAAGCGACGCUGCGCAACGUAACGGGCUGGGGCCGGAAUGUGCUGUGGGAGAUGAACCGGCUCGGUAUGCUGAUCGAUGUGUCGCACGUCAGCCACGGGGUGAUGGUGGAGGUGCUGGAGCACACGAAAGCGCCCGUCAUCUUUAGCCACUCGUCGUCGUACUCCGUCUUCAACCAUCAUCGCAACGUGCGAGACGAUGUGCUGAAGCAGCUGGUGCAGAACAAUGGCAUCAUAAUGGUGAACUUUUAUCCGGGCUUUGUUGGGGGACGGUCGAUUGACAAUGUGAUCGAGCAUCUAAACUAUAUUAAAAGCGUCACCGGACCGAACCAUAUUGGACUCGGUGGAGACUUUGAUGGAGUUACGGAGGUUCCGGAUGAUCUGGACGAUGUCUCGAAGUACCCUGAUCUGUUCGAUAUGCUAGCCGAGGGUGUGUAUAAGAACGGGACCACCUUUGCGCCCUGGACGCGGGAAGAGUUGCGCAAGCUGGCGGGUGAGAACUUGUUGCGCGUUUUUCGCGAUGUGGAAGGGGUGCGUGAUAGUAUGGUGGAUGUGGAACCGUACGAAGAUUUGAUUCCAUACCAAGAUUUCGUCGAUGCCGGUGUGGCCGAACAGCCGUGCAUGAGCGAUUUGGAUAUUCAUAAGCAAUAAAGGGUGGAGCUGUGGUUUUGUAUGAUAAAAAAACGGUUUUAGAACAGAUCAUUAUUACUUGCAGAAUAAGAGAUUGCAUAAACUCAAUAAGUUCACUUACUCUAAAAAGCAUUGGAGUUCUCAUUGCUGAAGUGUGGCACAAUAACUUACGUUAAAGAUGUCACCAUAUGAUUGUAACAAUUGUUCAAGUCACCAGUAAAGAUGUCAAUUUGAUUUCGAUGAUCAAAUGAUGACAGUAAGCAAAUUACAAGCAUUGGAUUUCGUUAAGGCCCUUCAAUUCAUCACAUUAAAUGUAAAUAAACUUCGACGACAUUGGUAAGCA